UCUCUCUCUCUCUCUCUCUCUCUGUGGAGCAGGCGUGUAGCGGCAUCAGACUCGGCGUGAAGGAACCAUGAGCGAUGUCACCAUCGUUAGAGAGGGAUGGCUCCAGAAACGGGGUGAAUACAUAAAGAACUGGCGGCCGCGUUACUUUCUGCUGAAGACAGACGGCUCUUUCAUCGGCUACAAAGAGAAACCUCAGGAUGCGGACCUGCCCUACCCCCUAAAUAACUUCUCUGUAGCAAAAUGUCAGCUGAUGAAAACAGAGAGACCGAAGCCAAACACCUUCAUCAUACGCUGCCUCCAGUGGACCACCGUCAUAGAGAGGACCUUCCAUGUGGACUCGCCUGAUGAGAGAGAUGAGUGGACAGAGGCCAUCCAGAUGGUGGCUGACAAGCUGCAGAGACAAGAGGAGGAAAGGAUCCAGUGCAGCCCCACAUCCAACAUCGACAACAUGGUUGAGGAAGAGAUGGACAUCUCCACCACACACCACAAACGCAAGACAAUGAGUGACUUUGACUACCUGAAGCUCCUGGGAAAGGGAACCUUUGGUAAAGUGAUUCUUGUCCGAGAAAAGGCCAGCGGGAAAUACUACGCCAUGAAAAUCCUUAAAAAAGAAGUCAUCAUAGCCAAGGAUGAAGUGGCUCACACACUCACAGAGAGCCGAGUUCUAAAAAACACCAGGCACCCCUUUCUCACUUCUUUGAAGUAUUCAUUCCAAACUAAAGACCGCCUCUGUUUCGUCAUGGAGUAUGUGAAUGGAGGAGAGCUGUUUUUCCAUUUGUCCAGAGAGCGAGUGUUCUCAGAGGAGCGCACGCGCUUCUACGGUGCCGAGAUCGUCUCAGCUCUCGACUACCUGCAUUCAGCCAAGAUUGUGUACCGGGACCUCAAGUUGGAAAACCUGAUGCUGGAUAAAGAUGGCCAUAUGAAGAUCACUGAUUUUGGCCUCUGCAAGGAGGGCAUCACAGACGCUGCUACCAUGAAAACCUUCUGUGGCACGCCAGAAUACCUUGCACCUGAGGUACUGGAGGACAACGACUAUGGUCGGGCGGUGGACUGGUGGGGUUUGGGGGUCGUGACGUACGAGAUGAUGUGCGGCCGACUGCCAUUCUACAACCAGGACCACGAGAAGCUGUUUGAGCUCAUCCUCAUGGAGGACAUCAAGUUCCCACGCACUCUGUCAUCGGACGCUAAGUCCCUGCUGUCUGGCCUGCUCAUCAAAGACCCCAACAAACGGCUCGGUGGAGGACCAGAUGACGCUAAAGAAAUAAUGAGACACAGUUUCUUCUCUGGAAUUGACUGGCAGGAUGUGUAUGAUAAAAAGCUGGUCCCUCCAUUCAAGCCUCAGGUGACGUCGGAGACAGACACCAGAUACUUUGACGAGGAGUUCACAGCCCAGACCAUCACAAUCACUCCACCAGAGAAAUUUGACGAGGACGGGAUGGACUGUCUGGACAACGAGAGAAGACCGCACUUCCCACAGUUCUCCUACUCUGCCAGUGGGCGAGAAUGAACUGUCCAUCACGGUGACAUCAUCACAGCUGGUCUCUGAGGUCAUCAAUGUGGGACAAAAAGACCCACAGCUUUGGACCGACCCAGAAGGACCCUGACUUGAAGGAUUUUGCCCUUCUCCUCCUCUCCUCUUCCUCUCUUUUUCACCUCUCCAGUCUGCUCCACUGUUUUUAUUUUUUAUUUUUUGUGAAUCCCUUUUUAGAGAGAACUUCCAGGCAAAAUUAUUUUCUAAUCCUGCACUGCAACCCUAGGUGAUCCGAACUGUGAUGUGAUCAGUUACUAUGUAAUGUCCCUUUAAAGACAGGAGCAUCACCGGUGGCCUGCUGUGCUUUGACAUGUGUCGGUCCUGCCAAACUAAAAAAACAAACACUUAGAUCAAGUUAGACAACAGCUGAUUCAUUUUUAACGAGACGUUUUUGUGGCUUCUCAUCUGUAAGACCGAGUUACAGAAUUUGAAGUCAUUCAAACCCAAACUGCCGUUACCGGUUUGUAUCUCAGGCUUUUACAAACAGACAGAUAGUCAGACUCGGAGAGACACUCGGGUCUGAUUUAAUAUCCUCGCAUUAAUAAUUCUGGGAUUGAUUGAGGCUGCCUGGCAUUGAGCAGAAUCCUACACACCUCAUGUUGUCAAGCAGGAUUUGACUCAGGUUUUGCUCAGUGCAAUUCAUUAUUGUUGUUGCUGCUAUUUCAACUACUAUCACAACUACUACAGGUACUACUACUGCAUAUAUACUACUACUACUACUGCUACUACUAAAACCCGGUGCUACACUACUAGCUUAAUGCUGCAUCAUUAUACAGGCGCCAGCAACACAUCAACCACCUGUAUUAACGUCUAUGCUUGUACAGCUGCAGAACAGGUGUUGCUACUCCUAAUGUUCAGCUACUCCACAUCAACUCUGUAGAUUAAGAUGAUGACAGGAUGUCGUGUGUGUGACUGUGUGUGAAGUACUGUUAUGGAUAUGUGUUUAAGAACGCACCUCAAAGCACAGCAGUUCAGAAGGAUGAAGCUCCCAAACCAUGAGCUUUACUACGUUACCCACAAUGCAGUGCAAGGUGGUUGAUAUAUCCAUCACUGCAGAGGUGAAAAUGAGAGGAAAAUGGUUGGUUUGAAUGUUAACCCCCAAAGUUUUUAUUUUAUUUUAUUUAUUUUCUAACUACAAGUCUCCCUGAAUCUCUUCUGUCCCAAAAGGGAAAAACAAAGCGAAUCGGUACUUUGUGUCGAUGAUGGAAAGCUUUACUGUGACACAUUGUUGUCAUGGGAACCGCAUGGCUGUACCUCUCUGUGUUUGUGCAGGAAAGGGAAACUGCAGCAGGAGCAGAUUCACCACAGAGUGAAAAGAGAAGUCCAGGAUGGCAGGUUGGGCAUUGUGA